CCCAGAUGCAUGUGUAUGCUUGUAUGCGUGCAUGAUAAAACGCUCAGAAGUCCGAUGCCAUACGAAACGAGCGGGAAGAGAAACGAAGCGUGGUGAAAGAGGGAAAAAAAGAAAAGACAGAAACCACCGCGCCCGCUCUCCGUCUGUAUCUGUCCGUCUACCCAACUCCGUGCCCGUCCUGGAAUAGAGUAAGUGCAGCAGCAGCAGCAGCUGCAGCAGUAGAAGUGCUGCCCAGUCCGCAUAAAACCGUGUCUGUCGUCGCUCAUGUCGUCACCGAAAUCGUCCUCAUCGUAACCACCACCACCACCCCCAACCACCACUCAAACACUGGAUCUCCUGCCGUCUCCUUCUCCAUCCCCCCUCACCAGCACUACACUCAACUCCGUCUCCUCCGUCGUCUCCGACCCCUCCGACCACGCCGACUCCCUCCACACCUCUUCCAAAGGUACCGCGGCCAUGCCCAUGCCCGUCGCCGGCGCCUCCACCCCCCACUGCGGCCGCAAGUCCGUGUACGCGAGCCCAAACCCGUGCAUGAGCUGCAAGUCGCGCCACUUCCGCGCCACCUCCUCCGAACUGAACCGCUUCGAGUCCAGCGCGUCCAAGUCCAGCGUCUUCAGCACCGGGCUUAAGUCCUCGCCAACAUCGGCAUCAUCAUCGUCGACGACAACGGAAGGCUCUGGCAACUUCUUCUCGCGCUGCUGCUGCUGCUGUUGUUGCUGUUGUUGCAGCCACCAGCUCCACCGAUUCCGCCUCGUAACCUCCACCUUCGUCACCGCCGCCGCUACCACCGCACCCACCGGGUUCCGCGGCGCCCAGUUCGCCCUGUCCGCGCGCGCGCGCAUGUCCUGCACCAGCGCCUCCGCAGCCUCGAGCUUCUCCUGCCAGCGCGAUGGCGGGGCCACCGCCACCGCCCCCUUCCCCUUACGCCCCUUACUCCUUGCCCCUUGCGCUUGCGCCUGCGCCGCAUCGUCCGCCCAGUCCCUCAUGACGACAAUCCUGCCCCCGUCCGGCACCCGCUUCACCGCGCCCUCCUCGCCGCCCAUGUCCGAUAGGUCCUCGUGCUCGGCCUGUCGCACCGCGAUGCAUUGCUCUGCCGCGCCGCGCCGCAGGCACUGGUAGCACGCCGGGUAGUGCCGCGAGCAGGGCGUGCCGCGCGCCGCGCACGGCAGGCACGGCAGCAGGACGCAGCGCGUCGCGUGCUGGAAG